CGCUCCUCCGGCGGCGGCGCCCGGCGGCUUCACGCGCGCCUUUGGCUCCGCCGCCGCCGCGCCGCACGCCCAAGAGACGGCCGCCACACGUGCGCUCUCCUCGCAGGCGCUGCUCGACUCGCAGAGCGCCAGCAUGGCCGCGCAGGACGCGCAGCUCGGCGACCUGGCCGCCGUGCUGCGGCGGCAGCGCACGCUGGCGGGCGCCAUGAACGCCGAGCUGGCGCAGCAGAACGAGCUGCUGCAGAGCUUUGGCGGCGAGCUGGAGAGCGUGCAGCGCAAGAUGGGCACGGCGCAGGGACAGAUGAAGCGCCUCGGCUAGGCUCGUGCGAUGAGCGGCAGCACGCAGUGGAGCUCGGAGACGGGCUGCAACGCACGCCGCGCUCGCGCGCGCCCGACGCUCAUGCAGCGCCGCUCAGAUGUGCUUGGCUGCUGCACUUGCCUGGCCGCUGGACCGAGGCUUAAGUCAUGCUCUGCACCUCUCGGCUGCCGCACCGCACCGACUCGCCUCGGUGCGCAUGGGGUGCGCCUCUCGCUGGCCGGGGCCACGAGACGCGCGCGCGCGCCUCCACAUGUGCAUCGCGCGCUGCACCGCCUCAUGCUGCGCGCGCGUCUCCUCCUCGGCGCGCCGCGGCGGCGGGCGGGCCCUUUGCACCUCUUCCCCUCCCACCACCACCCCCGCCUUCCUCCCACCAUCCAUACCCUCUUAUACCCCCGGUGCAAUCACUGAUGAGCAAGUUGCUCAAAAAGGCCGCCGGCAAGCUCGAGGACUACGCCGCGUCUCGCGCCUCCAGCGGCAGCGGCGGCGGUGCCGCAUCGAGCUCGGCUCCGCCGCCCAGCACGCCGCUCGAUGUGUUGCCCUCGCGGCGCGACAUCCUCCUGCAUCGCCAGCAGCGCGGCGUCAACCUCGGCUCUCUCUUCGCGCUCGAGCCGUGGCUGACGCCGUCGCUGUUCGAGGGCGUGGCAAGUGCCGACAGCGAGAUGGAUCUGCUGCGUGCGCUGCCUGCCGCCGAGGCGCGCGAGCGACUUGAGCGCCACUGGAGGGGGUUCCUUGAUGCGGGCGAUUGGAAGUGGAUGCGGGAGCACGGCAUCAACACGGUGCGGCUGCCGCUGCUGUACGUGCACUUCUGCGCCUCGCAGGCGCCGCAGCUGCUCAGGCACACCGAGUACGCGCCGUACGUCGACGUCUACGCCGGCGCAUGGGCACACGUCGAGCGUGUGCUUGCACAGGCGGCGCAGCAUGACAUUGGCGUGCUCGUCGACCUGCACGGCGCGCCCGGCGCGCAGAACGCAGACGGACACAGCGGGCUCAGUGGCGCCAAGGUGCAGCUGUGGGACGGACACGCCGCCGCGCAGAACCAAACGCGCACAGUCGAGAUUCUCGUGGCGCUUGCGAGCAGCCUGGCGCCGCACGAGCAUGUCGUGGGCCUCGAGCUGCUCAACGAGCCGCGCAACGGCGCCACGCUGCAGGCCUUCUACGAGCGCGCCGCGGGGGCGAUUAGGGGCGCAGGCGUGCACAUGCCGCUCUAUCUCGCCGACGGCUGGGAUGCGCCGCACUACGCCCAGCUUGUAGCGAGGCGCGAGGACUUUUGCGUGCUCGACACGCACGUGUAUCGCUGUUUCACCAAGGACGACCACUCCCACUCCGCCUCCUCGCACGCGCGCUCCAUGCGGCCCGGCGGCGCCUCGCACGGCAUGCUGUCGCACUGGAGCACGGCGGCGCAGCGCAGCCUCGUCGUGGGCGAGUGGAGCGCGGCGCUGAACCCUGCGUCGCUGCACAACUGCGGCGACGCCAAGGAGGCACAGCGAGAGUAUGCACAUGCGCAGCUGGCGCUGUUUGAAGAGACGUGUGCCGGCGCGUAUUUCUGGACACUCAAGAAGGAGGGCGGCGCCGACCCGGGAUGGUGUCUCUACACUGCCAUCGAACAAGGCAUUCUGCCCUCUUCGCUCCACCCACUCGCCUCGGCCUCUGCGCCCUCGGCCGAGGUCCUCUUGCGCGCCCGCCACGCCGCACACGAGGCUCACCGCACGUACUGGGCGGCGCACGGCGCAGGCGACGGCGCACACGAGGCGUUUGCCGAGGGCUUUGCGCAGGCGACGAAGGACGCCGCGGCGUUCUGGCAGUGCGACAGGAGCACCGUCGGCUUCACGCAGCAGUGGAGGCGCACGCGGACGCAGGCGUAUGAGAAGGCCAAGCGGUCGAGCAACGAGUGGGAGUAUGCGCAUGGCUUUGCGCAGGGCAUUGGCGCGUUCAAGGAUGCUCUGAAGUGAUGCAGCAAAUUGCCAUGCGUGUCAUUCCGCCUGCUACAACGGCCCGAGAAGGAUGGCGUCGGCAAGCGCUCCGGCCUCGAGGGUCCGCGGCCCCUGGGCCUCGAGCGCCGGCACGCAGACGAGCGCAUUGGCCGUGGCCAUGGAGUGCAUGCCGCUGCUGCGCUGCACGCCCGUGCUCCUCGCCACGAGCUCGCCAUUCGCAUCCGGCGCCACGACGACGCGGUGGAACUCGGGGCGUGGGUCGAGGCGCAGCGCCUCGGCCAGGCGCACCUUGAUGCGCGCCGCCGCCUCGCCGCCCGAGUGCCCGCCGAGCUUGCGCAGCGCCGGCAGCACAAAGACGGAGAAGCAGACGAGGGCCGAGGCGGGGUUGCCCGGCAGCGCAAAGAGCACCUUUGGCCGCGGCUCUGCCGGCAGCGUCGCAAAGGUCGUGG